CACCGCUUCAAAGCCCUUCCACAAAACGCCACGCCGUCAUGUCAAACAGACGGUUCUUUGUGCUGGAAGAAGAAUCCCUGGAACUGGAGCCAGAGGUCAUUGAAAAUGCCUUCGAAAGCCAAUUCCAGGGCCAUCUUUCAGGAGACGCCGCCGCAGAUACCAUCAGUGAGUGGCAAAAACGGUUGGCCGCCUUUCUCCCCGUGACACGGUCCCAAGUCGAAGUCUUGCAUACAAAGUACAGCUCCCUUCUGAGCGAAGAUGCCUUUGCAACGGUUGUCAAUGAGCUCCUUGAUAGAACCGUUCAACCCCCCACAAAGGCAAGUAGCCAUGCCAAAGCCACUGAAACGAGAUCCCUAGAAAACACUGUAAAUGAUACAUGCUUCAGAAUAACUCCCCAAAGUAGUUACUCCGCACCCCCCAGCGUGAAAGAGAUUAUUGUUUUGGACGAUCUGGAGGACGAAGCGCCGACCACUCACGUUAAAAGACCCUUGGCAGGAGGGGUCGAUAAAUACCCGAAAAAACAGAGAGAAUCAGGCUGGAAACGUUUUAUUGGCUCAUUUCAGGUGCGUGCAUGGGCUGUGCGGCCCACUGUGAGACCGUUAAAGUUUCGCCAGACAAUGCGGAUGAAACGACUCAUCCCCAAAUCGCUGAAGAAGACGGGGGACCGGUUUGGAUCCACAGCCGUCAUCAGGCUCGAGGACAUAGAAACCCACCGGGAGAUUGGGCGCUUGCCUGAGGAUGUUACCAAGAUGCUCAGCCCGUUGCUCGACUUGGCGGUUCUCGAGUUGGACUGCCGGGUAAUAUUGUGCGAGAGCCGGCUCAGCACUGGGGAUUCUUUCGGAGUACAGAUCGACUGCUACUUCUCCCACCAUGCCUUUGAGGAGAUCGGAGCUGCAGGUACCCUUAACCCGUUUAAAAAAAGGGAUGAGAGUAAGUUUGCGCUCGAACCGGAGUCCGAAGUAGCCUUGAAGCUUAGACAGAAGAGUAUGGUGAAGUUGUUUGCGAAGUUGAACGUGCGGGCGCUCGGAAACAGCCAACCGUCGGUUGUGGACGAUACCCUGGGGGAUGAAGCUGAGAGUGAAAAAGCGGAUGAGCUUAACGUGAACCAGUUGAAGGAAUUGUACCGCUCUUCCCAACAAGCGGAGAUGUUGGAGAACUUACCUGAAACGGUUCCUCCGAACACGUUCCAGCUCGAGCUCAGACCGUACCAAAAGCAGGGCCUCACGUGGUUACUCUACCGGGAGAAGGAGACCAAGGGGCUCAAGGCUGUGGAGGAGUUGGAAGCGGAACCAUGGAACCAAACCCAGCAGGUGAGUCAGCACUUGACCCAGGACGAAAUCGAAGAGAUUGUGGAAGAAGAGGGCAUGAUCAACCCGUUGUGGAAAGAAUACAACUGGCCCGAGGAUACCUCUUUUGCAAAUGAAGCUGCAACCGUGGCCAUUGACCGUGCCUCCUCCUCCUCCUCCUCCUUCUACGCCAACAUGUACUCAGGAGAGUUGUCCCUCGAGAAGCCAGUGAUUAGACAGGUCACGAAAGGUGGGAUUUUGGCAGACGAAAUGGGGUUGGGUAAGACCAUUUCCACGCUUGCCUUGAUCCACUCAGCAUACUUUGACAAGCUCUAUGACGCGCGGAGGGCUGCGAGGGAGCACUAUGCCUACAAGACCACUCUCAUUGUGGUGCCGAUGUCGCUUCUCUCCCAGUGGCAGAGAGAGUUUGAGACGAGUAAUACGCAUCUGAAACAUAAGUGCUAUGUUUACUACGGGUCUGACGGAAACUUGGGUGACCUCACAUCGUAUUUGUGUGAUGAUGGGGCUCCGAUAGUUGUGCUUACUACUUAUGGGACGAUUAUGAAUGAAUGGGCUAAGAAUUCCCGAAGGGGUCCCGAAGGAGGUAAACUCUCUGGCAUCAAAUCGGGAGCUAAAGCAGCCAAUUCCUUUGCCAAAUCCUCAAACACCUCAGGAAACGGCCUUUUUUCGGUAAAAUUUUUCCGGAUUGUGUUAGAUGAAGGGCACACGAUCAGAAACCGUACCACCAAAACCACAAAAGCGGUCUACGACUUGACAGCCUCACGGAAAUGGUUGAUCACCGGGACGCCCAUCAUCAACCGCUUGGACGACUUGUUUUCGCUCGUCAAGUUUCUCGAACUCGAGCCGUGGUGCAACGUAUCGUACUGGAAGUCUUUCAUCACGGUUCCGUUCGAAAACAAAAACGUAUCACAAGCGUUGGACAUUGUGAAGGCAAUCCUUGACCCAAUCAUCAUCCGUCGAACCAAGGUCAUGAAGCAAAAGAAUGGCCGGGCGUUGGUGGAGCUCCCAGAGAAGGAGGUCACGAUUGAGUACGUGAAGUUUGAGGAAGAGGAGCGGACCAUGUAUGACUGGUUCUUGAAAAAGGCUGAAAACUCCUUUCAAGAAGGCUUAAAGAGCGGAGAGUUGCUAAAACGCUACACCACCAUUUUAGUUCACAUCCUCCGGCUUCGCCAACUCUGCUGUCACCCGCUGUUGGUGGGAACCGCGGGGGAUGAACUCGAAGAGAUUUCGGUAAACCCGAUUGAGCUCUCAGAAUUCCAGCCGCCAACCCACGGAGCAUUAUCUGAACAGGAAGUAGAAGCCACCGUAGCCGGUUUUUCUACCUUGGAUCUCUCCAACACCGAGUGCUCCAUCUGUACCAACUCACCCGUUUCCCUCCACGAAACUUGUGUCACACCAUGUGGCCACACGUACUGUCUCGAGUGUCUCUUGUGUCACAUUGACUUCCAGGUACAGCGAGGAAAUGACGCUCAGUGUCCGAUGUGUCGUGCUGCCAUCUCCAAAAAAGCCUUGUUCCGCGUCCGAAGGAACCGUCUGAUGAAUGAGUUUUACCUUUACGAUUCCAAGAUCAUUUCCUCAAAGAUUAAAGCAUUGCUAUCGCAUCUCCGCGCGUUGAAGGACCGGCAACUGGGCGAGCAGGUGAUUGUGUUUUCCCAGUUUUCCACAUAUUUGGACCUCAUUGAAACUGCGUUAGCAUACGAAUCGGACGAUUAUCUUGUCUACAAGUUUGACGGCCGCUUAUCGAUGCAGGAAAGACAAUCUAUCCUUGAAAAGUUCCAAAGUAAACAAAGCACGGGAAGAAUUACCGUGUUGUUGUUGUCACUCAAGGCUGGUGGGGUAGGAUUGAACUUGACGAACGCCUCCCGAGGGUUCAUGAUGGACCCCUGGUGGUCCCGAAGCAUAGAGGACCAGGCCAUCGACCGUCUUCACCGCAUUGGGCAGUUGCGCAACGUGAAGGUGGUACGGUUUAUAAUGGAGGGAAGCAUCGAAGUGAAGAUGCUCAAAAUCCAGGAGCGCAAGAAGCAGUUAGGCGAGAUCGUCAGCGCCCAGGAGGAGGAGAGGAGACAGAGAAGAAUCGAGGAGAUCCAGUUGUUAUUUGAAGAGGAGUAAGCGGAUUCCUGAGGCAGCCCAGAUAAAUGCAAGGCGGAGAAGUAUUACCCCAUAGGCCAGAUAUUCCCGCUGUUUAUAACAAUUAUCGUUUAUGAAUAUCAUGUUUAAAGACCAUAGUAUUAUG